GCAGAAGUAACUCGAAAUGCUCCACCUGCUGACUUGGGCACUGAUACUUAUACCAGCCUAUCGGGCUGCCGAUCCCCUUUGCUCCAAUAGGCCGGAUGUAACUGCCUUGAAAAACUGUUGCAAGCUGCCUAACCUGAACUUCUCAAGUUUCAACUCCAAGUGCAGUCAGUAUUUGGUCAAUGGAGCCCAUAUAUCACCUUGCAGCUUUGAGUGCAUCUUUCAAGCGGCGAACGCAUUGAACGGCACGCAUUUGGAAAUGGAAAAUAUCGAAAAGAUGAUGAAAACCAUUUUGGACUCUGAUGAAUUUGGGCAGGUGUACGUGGAUGGAUGCAAGAGCUGCAGCAGUCAGGAAGAGGUACUUAUUAAGGCCCUGAAACGCCGCCGUGUGCCCCUCACCGGAAAAUGUGGCUCAAUGGCCAUAGUGUAUGGUCUGUGUGCCCAUCGAUAUGUCUACCGGAAUUGCCCGGACCGGGUUUGGAGCAAGAGUGCCAGCUGCAAGGAGGCCAGGGAUUACAACAUUCGCUGCGAUGACAUAUACUAAAUUUGACUUUGAAGGUGAAAUAAAUCGCACAAAUUCAGCUGCUUUG